AUUCUAAACUUGCUGAAUGUCACCUUUAAGAAUAAUUGCAUGAACUAAUUGAGAUAAUUUAACGGUUCUAAAAUUAAAAAAUGUUAUUCACACUCUUUUGGUGAAAUCUGGUCAAAUAAUUGCAGUUUGCUAGUCUGAACAAAUUUCAAGCCCAAUCUCCGGGUUUAUUUUAAUUUUGAGGUCUUGAAUAGAAAUUCAACGAACAAUGUUAAUGCCAUUGGAAGAAACCUGUUAGUGAUUGAGCCAGCUUGACUACUCAACUGAACAAAAAUGGAAGAGCUAUGAGUUACUAAAGGCCACAAAAUGAAAGCUAAAACAGACCAGGAGAACAAGGUGACGGAAAAUUGGGAGUUUCAUUGAAGAAGAAACUAACGGUCCCUGAAAAUGAAAAAGGUUGGAAUGGAAUGGUAGGUGAGUUGAUGCAGCACUUUGUCUCCGGAUGGUGGCCGAAGAUUCUGAUUGUUAGGCAGAGUGAUGUAGACGCCUUUAGUUCUACUAUUAACCUAUUCAGACUUCAUUUGCAGCAAAUAAGGGCAAAUUUCAACCUUGCUCCAAGAUUGCUGAGAUAACGACAUAACGUCAUAUAUGACUAUUUCUUUAAUUUGCUUUGAGACAUGAGCUUAUGAUGUUUUACUUUUUAAUGUUUGUUCUUCAAUUGUUUUCAGAAGAGUUACCAAAAAAUGGAAAAGGUUUAUAACUAUGCAAAAUUUGAUAUCAGAAGAGGAGAGUAACCUUCGUACUUGGUUUGAUGAUGGACACAGUCAAACUCAGAUGAGUAAGCCGAAACCUAGCGUCUUCUAUUACUUGAAAGAAACCCUAACCGCUGGAACUAAGAGUCCAGCAUUCUACCAACGGAUUACAAAGCGACUUUGGUUUAUUUUGGUUACAUAAGAAAAAUGUUGAAAGAAGGAUGCAUAUGCUACGGAAUGGAACAAUAAGCCGAUUUUUGGUAGCCAAUGAAAGAAGUUAUCCUUGGUUUUGUCUCCAAUCUUAAAAUUGUCAGUAUCUAACUGGCUCAUGCACUAUUUGGCGGCCGACGCAAUAAGGUAUCUUGAUAUUAUCACCAAUGCCUAGAUGUCUUUACUUGCUUCUCCUUGGAUUUAACCGUUCCCCAUUUCUGCAUACCGCCAGGGCUGACUUUUCUAGAGGCUUUCUCAAGCAGGUUUUAGCCUCAAUAAAUUCAGAAAGUUAGCUCCAUGCAAAGGCCUUUUGCAUAUUUUCCAUUUCAGAUUUCCCGUUUCAUCUAAUUUUAUAUUAUUGAUUAUAGCAUGCCUUCAAGACCUUCUCCAGCUCCAGCUCCGGUUUCAGAUUCAACUUCACGACAUAAGCCCUCGAGUCCAUUGGUAAUUGUCUCAGUUGCUAUCAUUUGCAUUGUCUUCCUGGUAUUUAGCUACUACAAGGUACUAAAACGACUAUGCUGUGCAUUUAUUGCUGCAUUAUUCUCUAGAAACCAGGUUCAAAGCCAACUUCUAGAUGGCAGCAACUUUGAUAAUAAUCCCCCUUCACAAAACCAGAGCAAUGCAUUGGAAUCUACAGUUACACACAAUCUUCCAAUCUCCCAAUUCACGAAGGAAAAUAAAGAACCACCACGGCUGAGCAACACUGAUUGUGCAGUUUGCUUGGGUGAGUUUGAAGAAGGAGAAUGUAUAAGAUAUCUACCAAAUUGCACUCAUGCCUUCCACAGGUCUUGCAUUGACAUUUGGUUUCAGUCACACUCAAGCUGCCCGCUUUGCAGAUCAAGUGUUUCUGAUCUAACAAUACGGCCAGGAUGUUCUGUAUCUAUGUUCACAAUAUAGAAAACUUUAGGGAGAGAAGAUUUUUUGCAAGACAGGGCACCACAUUACCAAAUGCCACACUCUGUGGCCCAAAGAAAUUCAGAAUUUGAUUUGAACCAACAGCUGGUCUAUGAUAAUUUUGAGUAGACAAAACAGAUGGUCGAAAGGUGUCAGAUAGCGUAGCUGGUAAAGAAAAUUAGAGUUUGUAUUGUACCAAGGAUUUAGAAUUGGAAUCUGACUUUCAAGAGACAAGAAAGAAAAAAAUAUGAUAGUUUUGUCAUGUAAUCAAGAAAUCUCCCACCCAGGGUCAGUUUAAGAUGCCAGGGAUGCAAUGAAUCAACUAACGGAGAUGAGUUUACGGCAAAAACUUCUUUAAAACCUUUGAACCUCGUGGUCACUAUCUUUACCAAGAUAAUAUUAAGAUCCUGUAGGAUAAAUGGAUAUGAUUUCUUGCAAAAACUUUCUUUGAAUUUUUGUAGCAAUUCCACGUGAAAACCGCAGGUUCUGCGAUCGAAAGUAUAAAACAUCAAAUAACACCAAAUAUUAUGGAUCUUCUGAGUUCUAACUAUAACUGAACUCUGUUGGUUAAUAAGAUGGUAUGGCUCAUAGUUGCCAUGAAAUGAUUUAAAACCAUUGCACCAGCCGGGAACCAAACCCAGGCCUGAAACAUAUCAUUGUGCUAUUCUACCACUAGACCACUCAAGCAGCUGUAUAUUGGCCAUGGUGCCCUUAUAUCGUCGAGAAAGUUGCCACAAAACAAGACCUACGUCUAGAAAAGGAAAGACCGACUAAUGAAUGGAUCAUUAAACCGAAAAUUUCAAACUAAAAUUAAACAACCUAUCCUCAUAAAAGAUCAAACAUUUUAGGUAACACAUUUUGAUCUACACUCUAUUCAAAUUGGUGUCUUUUGCAACCAUAACACCUUCACCAUGACUGCCUUUGUUAUUUGAAAUCUUGCCAAUCAA